AUGCCACAGCCUCUUAGCAAUGCUAUACUGGGAGCUGGAGGUUGGUCCCCUCUCACCUCAGACAGGUAUCAGUGGUUGGAGGUCGACCUGGGUGAGCGCACCAAGAUCACUGCUGUCGCUACUCAAGGCCGCUACGGCAGCUCUGAUUGGCUGACGUCGUACCUGCUGAUGUUCAGCGACACGGGACACAACUGGAAACAGUACAGACAGGAGGAGAGCAUAGGGUCUUUUCCAGGUAACACUAAUGCAGACAGCGUGGUUCAGUACAAGCUGCAGCAGCCGGCUAUGGCUCGCUUCCUCCGGCUCAUUCCUCUGGACUGGAACCCCAGCGGGAGGAUCGGACUCCGACUGGAGACCUACGGAUGUCCCUACACCUCUGAUGUUGUGAGUUUGGACGGCAGCAGCAGUCUGGAGUACAGGUUGAGUCCCGGGCCGAGGCGGUCGUCCAGAGAUGUCGUCUCUGUGAAGUUUAAAACCCUGAGGAAUUCUGGGACACUGCUGCACGCAGAGGGAGAGGGAGGACUCAGCCUGAGUCUGGAGUUAGAGAGAGGAAAGCUGCUACUGCUGCAGCUCAGACAAGGUUCAUCCUCUGAACCCCGGCGUCUCGCUUCUCUUGGCAGCCUGUUAGAUGAUCAGCAUUGGCAUUAUAUAGCAGUGGAGCGACGCAGCUCUCACCUUAACCUCACUGUGGACAAACACACAGAGAGGGUUCAAAUCCCUGCAGAGUUCAGCCACUGGGACAUCAAACAGCUGAGGGUAGGAGCAAUCCAGGGCCCCAAUUCUCAAGAAACAGUCGCCUCCAGGAGGAACUUCCAUGGCUGUCUGGAAAACCUUCUGUACAACGGCCUCAACCUGAUAGAACUAGUAAAACAAAAAGACCACCGAGUUACUGUAAUGGGCAAUGUGACCUUCUCUUGUGCUGAGCCAGUUUCCGUCGCCGUGACGUUCCCCGGCCCCCAGAGCUUCCUCAAGUUGCCAGGGACGAUGGCGUCCUCCUCGGCCGGCGUGUCCGUGGGGUUUCAGUUCAGGACGUGGAACAAGGCGGGGCUUCUGCUCACCUUUGCCCUGCGUCUGCUCACCUUUGCCCUGCCUCAAGAAGGGGGCAUGGUCUGGCUGUACCUGAGUGAGGCCAGACUCCGGCUGCAGAUCCAUAAAGCUGCCAGGACGCUGCUGGAACUCACUGCAGGUUCCGCUUUAAAUGACGGCCAGUGGCAUUCGGUGGAGCUGAACUCCAGACGAGGUCGUCUGAGCAUCACGGUGGAUAAAGAGGAGGGAGGCAGUGCCCAAGCCAGCCCCUCACUUCCUGCCACCAUAGAAAGUCACCUCUUCUUUGGUGGUUGUCCCACUGAAGACGACAGGCAGGAAUGCAGAAACCCCUUUAAUGUCUUCCAGGGUUGCAUGCGUCUACUGACUCUGGACAACAAGAACGUGGACCUGAUCAUGGUGCAGCAAAAGGAACUGGGAAUCUACAGCAACCUGCAGAUCGACAUGUGUGGAAUUAUGGACAGGUGUUCUCCCAGUCGCUGUGAACACGGCGGCCUCUGCAGUCAGUCCUGGACCAUCUUCCAUUGCAACUGCUCUGACAGCGGCUACAGUGGAGCGACCUGCCACAGCUGCCUCCUCAACACUCCAGAGGGCUCCCCAUUAAGCUGGUGGCUCGGCGGUUCCGGUCCUGGUCAUGUCCAGACUUAUUGGGGUGGAGCUCAACCAGGCAGCCAGCAGUGUGCCUGCGGGCUGCAAGGCGACUGUGUGGACCCACAACACUACUGCAACUGUGACGCCGACCGCGUGGAGUGGACUGAAGACUCUGGCCUACUCACCCAUAAGGAGAGCCUCCCAGUCAAGUCUCUGGUGCUGGGUGACAUCCAGAGUCCGGGGUCAGAGGCCGCCUAUAGGGUGGGACCGCUGCGUUGUCAUGGAGACAAGAACUUCUGGAAUGCUGCGUUUUUCGACAAGGAGACGUCAUACCUGCACUUUCCCACCUUCCACGGAGAGCUGAGCGCAGAUAUCUCCUUCCUGUUUAAAACCACAACCUCGUCUGGUGUGUUCCUGGAAAACCUGGGCAUCAAAGACUUCAUCCGGAUCGAACUGAGCUACUACUUUCAGUUUAUGGACUUCUGGAUUUAUUGGAUGCCUUUUGCCUGUUCAACAAAGUUCAACGCGUUAUUACGAGGAAGCGGAGCCUCACGGAGGAAACGAGAGGAACCAACAGGAUUGCCGCUGACUGAUGACUGCUCGCUGAUCACUCCUGCAGUCUGUCAUGUCUGCCGCUUCCCAGAAGGCCACUGGCUCACAGCUUGUUACUGUGUCAACCAGGCUGACCACCCACGACUCCGUCUGUAUGCCUCGGCCUGGCCUCAGAGGCUCAUGGGAGAAACCACACCACUGUACCCAGCAGAGAUCACUGAAGAGCUCCACCUCAAAUCCUCUCAACUGAACCAAACUGAGGUGAAAGUCGUGUUCGUGUGA